GUCCCCUCCCUCCCCCCGCUCGCUCGCCCGCCGCACGACUCUUAAAGGCGUUUUUCAGCCCGGGCCGGCUCACAGACCGCGCGGAGCCCGGCACCGCUCGCAUCUGGUCCGCGUCGCUACCACCCCCCCGCUCCUCCUCCUCCCUGACCGGCUCGCCGCUCGCACCGCCGCCGUUCCCCAGCGAUGUGCUCCCGCUCCGCGGGACGCUGAACUCCGCGGGCGGCUCGGGGCGGGAGGGGCCGGCUCGGGGCGCUCUCCUUUCCCGGCCCCGUUGCGGGCUGGGGGCGGCGGGAGGAGGACGGCCCCGCGCCCCGCUGCGCGCGCCUCCCCCCCAGGCGCCGGGGGUCUCGAAGCUGGCGGGGGCUCCGGCCGCAGAGAUGGCUCGGAUCGGAUGGGGCUUCCUCCUGUGCGCCUGGGCGCUGCUCUCCCCGGCGCUCGCCGCCGCCGAGAAGGGCAGGCUGCGAAGGAUCACCUACGUGCUGCACCCCGGCCAGGCGGGAUCGGCCGGCGGCCGGCAGCAGCGCCCGGCCCUCCUCGCGGGGCAGCAGCAGCGCACCUUUAACGUGCAGCUCAACGCGCGCUACGGCACCGCGGAGCGCACGCGGCGGAUGAGCAAAGCGGGAGGCGCGGGAGUGCAGCUCCGCCUGGGCCCCGUCGGGCAGAGCCACUCCAACUCCGCCGCCUCCUCCUUCGCCAAGCCGGCCCGCUUCGGCCCGCGGCCCAAGCCUCCGCCGGGACCUCACGGCAACAGCAGCGGCGCGCCGCCCCGCCAGAAGCACCCGCUGCCGCCGCUACCGGGGGUCAACGUCUGCGGAGGGCAGUGCUGCCACGGCUGGAGCAAAGCCACGGGCUCGCAGAGGUGCAUCAAACCUAACUGUGCACCACCGUGCCAAAACGGAGGGAUGUGUCUGCGGCCUCAGCUCUGUGUGUGUAAGCCAGGAACAAAAGGCAAUUCCUGCGAGGAUACAGUCAUGCAAGACACGUCUUCCACUGGAGGCCGGAGCCCCGUUGUUCCCCCUUGGCCCAUCCCCCAGCAGGCUGCCCAGCAGGCCUUCUCCCAGAAGGUGCAAGUCCCACCGAAGGCUGGCCCUAUGCCUCAGAUGGCAUUCACCAUCAAGCAGAAGCCUCCUGUUGGAUUACCUCAGCAAAUGCAACCACAGAUGAUACCACUUUCAUCUCAGACACUGAUGAUGAAUCUUCAUCAUGGCCAAACACAGGAAUAUGUGAUCAAACCCAAAUAUUAUCCAGUAAAGAAAGUGGUUUCAGGAGAACAGUCCACUGAGGGCUCAUUACCGCUGAGACUCGGCCAAGACCAACUUGCGUCAUCUUUUCAAUUGGGAAAUCACACUGGUCGCAUCAAGGUGGUCUUUACACCCAGCAUCUGCAAAGUGACUUGUACCAAGGGCAACUGUCAGAACAACUGUGAGAAGGGAAAUACCACCACCCUCAUCAGUGAGAAUGGCCAUGCUGCUGACACGCUGACAGCCACUAACUUCCGAGUAGUUAUUUGCCAUCUUCCCUGCAUGAAUGGAGGCCAGUGCAGUUCUAGAGAUAAAUGCCAGUGCCCUCCUAAUUACACCGGCAAACUUUGUCAGAUCCCCGUGCAGAAUGGCAAUACUCCAAAACUGUACCAUCACCCACAACAAAUGAAUAAGGCUGUAGGAUCACAAAUUAUUCACUCAACUCAUACUUUACCACUGACAAUGUCUGGACAGCAAGGUGUAAAAGUGAAGUUCCCUCCUAACAUAGUGAAUAUCCAUGUGAAACAUCCCCCUGAAGCUUCAGUUCAGAUCCAUCAAGUUUCAAGAAUUGACAGUGCAUCAACAGGACAAAAAUCGAAAGUACCUCAGCCAGGACAUCCACAGGUCUCUUACCAAGGUCUUCCAUAUCAGAAGACCCAGAAAGGACAUGCUACUUACACAAAUCAACAACCCAUUCCUCAUGUGUUUCCUGUUUCAGUUAAAACUCAGCUUGGACGCUGCUUCCAGGAGACUAUUGGAACACAGUGUGGCAAAGCACUUCCUGGUCUUUCAAAGCAAGAAGACUGCUGUGGAACAGUGGGUACUUCCUGGGGUUUUAACAAAUGCCAGAAGUGUCCCAAGAAGCCAUCUUACCAUGGAUACAGUCCUAUGACAGAAUGCCCACAAGGCUACAAGAGGAUCAAUGCUACGUUUUGUCAAGAUAUCAAUGAAUGUCAGUUACAGGGAGUGUGCCCUAAUGGUGAGUGUUUGAAUACCAUGGGCAGCUACAGAUGUACCUGCAAACUGGGAUUUGUGCCAGAUCCUACCCUAUCAAGAUGCAUAGCUGAUAGUCCUAUGGUUGCUGAAGAGAAAGGACCCUGCUACCGGUUUGUUAGUGCAGGAAAGCAAUGCAUGCAUCCUCUUUCUGUGCAGCUCAGCAAGCAGCUUUGCUGUUGCAGUGUUGGAAAAGCCUGGGGCCCAAACUGUGAGAAGUGCCCCCUUCCAGGAACAGCUGCUUUUAAGGAAAUCUGCCCUGGUGGAAUGGGUUAUACGGUUUCUGGCCCUCACAGAAACAAGCUAUAUCAUCACCCUGCAGUUAGAGUACAGCCACCUGUCAUUGGCAAGACCCCGAUUACUCAACCUGUUGCUAAAGGUACUUCUCCUCCACCUCUCCCAGCAAAGGAAGAGCCGGUGGAGGCACUGACCUUCUCACAGAAAAGUGAGCCUGACAUGGCUGUGCAAGAAGUGGCAACUGCAGCCCCCGAUCAGGAAUUAGUUUCACUUGAUCAAGAAAAGCAAAUCCUAGAACCUGGACAGCCUCAGCUUUCUCCUGGAAUUUCAACUAUUAACCUGCAUCCACAGUUUCCAGUAGUGAUUGAGAAAACAUCUCCUCCUCUGCCUGUUGAAGUUGCUCCUGAAGUCUCUACUUCGAGUGCAAGUCAAGUAAUUGCACCUACUCAAGUUACAGAAAUCAACGAGUGUACAGUUAAUCCUGAUAUCUGUGGAGCAGGACACUGCAUUAAUUUGCCUGUGGGAUACACCUGCAUCUGCUACGAGGGAUAUAGACUUAAUGAUCAGCAGACAAAAUGCUCUGAUAUUAAUGAGUGUAAUCAGACACCUCAUCUCUGUUCCCUUGGACGCUGUGAAAAUACUGAGGGAAGUUUCCUAUGCAUUUGCCAAGCUGGAUUCAUGGCCAGUGAACAUGGAACUGACUGCGUUGAUUUUGAUGAAUGUUCACGACCUCAUACUUGUGGGGAAGGUUUCUGUAUAAAUACUGUUGGCUCGUAUAGAUGUGAAUAUUGUGACAGUGGGUACCAGAUGAACAGGAGAGGUGAAUGUGAAGACAUUGAUGAAUGCAUGACCCCAACUACUUGUCCGGAUGCACAGUGUAUUAAUGCUCCUGGCUCUUACCAGUGCAUACCCUGUAGAGUGGGAUUCAGAGGCUGGAAUGGACAGUGCCAUGAUAUAAAUGAAUGUCAGUAUGGCAAUCUCUGUGCAAAUGGACAUUGUGAAAAUAUUGAGGGGUCUUUCAGAUGUAUUUGUGGCCAAGGUUUCAAACUCUCUGCAUCAGAGGAUCAGUGUGAAGAUAUAGAUGAAUGCCAGCACAGAUCACUAUGUGUCAAUGGACACUGCAGGAACACAGAAGGGUCUUUCAGAUGUGUUUGUAGCCAAGGUUACGUGCUGUCUGCUACUGGAGAUCAGUGUGAAGAUAUUGAUGAAUGCCUUCAAGACGGCGAUAUUUGCCUUGGAGGAAACUGCGUGAAUACCGACGGAUCUUACAAAUGCUCUUGUCUAGAUGGCUUCCAGGAGGUAGCCAAUAGGGGAUGUCAAGAUAUCAAUGAAUGUGAGAGAUCUGACCUCUGUUCACCUCAUGGAGAGUGUCUAAACACAGAUGGUUCCUACCAGUGCAUAUGUGAGCAGGGCUUUUCUGUGUCUGCGGACGGCCGAACCUGUGAAGACGUUGAUGAAUGUGUGAAUGGCACAGUGUGCGGCAGCCACGGGUUCUGUGAAAACAUGGAUGGCUCCUACCGCUGCCUCUGUUACCAGGGCUAUCAGGACUCACAGGAUGGGCAAGGGUGUACAGAUGUGAAUGAAUGUGAAAUGCUGAGCGGGGUAUGUGGCGAAGCCCUCUGUGAAAACGUCGAUGGUUCUUUCCUGUGCCUGUGUUCUGAUGAAAACCAGGAGUACGAUCCCAUGACCGGACAGUGUCGAUUCCGUACCUCACCAGAAUUGCCAAUAGAGCCUGAUCAACAUGAAGAUGGAAAGAAGGAGUGCUACUACAAUCUGAACGAUGCUAACUUCUGUGACAAUGUGCUUGCGUCCAAUGUAACCAAACAAGAAUGCUGCUGUACUUUGGGUGCUGGCUGGGGUGAUAACUGUGAAAUCUUCCCAUGCCCUGUCUUUGGAACUGCUGAAUUCACUGAUUUGUGUCCUGAAGGGAAAGGCUUCAUUCCCUCUGAAGAAUCAUCUUAUGGGCUUCUUGCUGAGAAUUACAAAGAUGCUGACGAAUGCCAGCUCUUUGGACAAGAAAUCUGUAAAAAUGGCUUCUGUUUGAAUACACAGCCAGGUUAUGAGUGCUACUGCAAACAAGGCACAUACUAUGACCCUGUUAAGCUCCAGUGCUUUGACACAGAUGAAUGUCAGGACCCAAACAGCUGCAUUGAUGGCCAGUGCAUUAACACAGAAGGAUCUUACAACUGUUUCUGUACACACCCAAUGGUUUUGGACGCAACAGAAAAGCGAUGCAUCAGACCAGCAGAUUCAAGUGAACAAACUGAAGAAACUGAGGUCUACCAGGAUCUUUGCUGGCAGCAUCUAAGUGACGAUUUUGUCUGUAGUCGACCUCUGGUUGGAAAGCAGACUACAUACACUGAGUGCUGCUGCUUGUAUGGUGAAGCCUGGGGCAUGCAGUGCGCCUUGUGUCCGAUGAAAGAAUCAGAGGAUUAUGCCCAGCUGUGCAACAUUCCUGUUCCAGGAUCUCGACGGCCAUAUGGACAAGAUGCUUUGGUUGACUUUGAGGAGCACUACACUCCAGAAACUAAUCCAUACUUCAUUGAAGAUCGUUUUCUGAACAGCUUUGAGGAGUUACAAGCAGAGGAGUGUGGUAUUCUGAACGGAUGUGAAAAUGGCCGAUGUGUGAGAGUCCAGGAAGGCUACACCUGCGACUGCUUUGAUGGUUAUCACCUGGACAUGGCCAAGAUGACUUGCGUUGAUGUGAAUGAGUGCAAUGAGCUGAACAACAGGAUGUCUCUCUGCAAGAACGCCAAAUGCAUUAACACAGAAGGUUCGUACAAGUGUUUGUGUCUCCCAGGGUACGUACCUUCAGACAAGCCAAACUACUGCACACCACUGAACUCAGAACUAGACAGUGAACUGGAGUAGAGGAAAAUCUCCAUAUCCUAAGCCCAUAUACUCUGCACUGUAUAAAGAAGAAAAAG